ACAUUUCAUCGCGCGAUUUUUUUUAUUCACGGGUGCCACGGGGAUGGUGAUAAGACCGCGUAUGUGAAUUAAGCUCCGCCUCCCGCCCAUUCAAAUGCAAAUUCUUGCAAUUCUUCGAGACUUUGUCAGUUUGCAGCAAGUACGUCUAGCCUCUUAGUGGGCGUGGCGAACAAGAAUGUAAACAAACACACAAGAACUCAUGGAGGAGCAUUAAUUCUGGUCACAGUUGUGAUACUUCAAGAACAAAAUGCGAUACGAAUUUCCAGCUUUUCAUCCAGGUUUCCGGCUGCCGAGAGAGGUUGCCGUCUUGGACGGAAACGUGCUGCUUGAAGUCGGCUCGGACGGCGUACACGAAAAACUGCACCUGCCCGCCAACAGCUCGGUGAAGAAAUUCAAGGUGUUUCCCUCGUACCAGGUGGACCGCGUGCUAAUCCAUUAUCUGAUUAUCGACGCUAAAAAUAAUUUGUAUGUCGUCGAACGAGACCCCAAACUGAAGGUUGUUUCGACCCUGAAUAACGUCUCUGAGGUUCAAAUUCGUGACUCUGCCGGACGUGCCGAGUGUAGAAUCAAGUUUGGGAACAAAUCCUGGGAAAAUCUGCUUUUUGAGCCGAAUGGCGUGAAAGCCGUCGCUCUCUCGAACGACACCGGAGCUGUUGAAGCCGUUUCCCCAGCUUUGCAAGGCACCCUGAAGAAGUGCGAAACGAGACUGCAGCUCCUGGAACAGGCGCUUAGACAGAAAAAACUGCUCAGGGCGGCCACGAUUUUGGAGAGAGACUUCACGAAGCAUUUAAAAGUCAGUCAGGUCGGCUGUUUUUACCUUCACGGAAGGUUGGUUUACACCGCGAAGGUCGUCAAUCAAUACGAUUUUCCUGUGGAGGACCUGAGGCUAGCGGCCUUUUCAGAGAGAAACGCGGCUCUGCUGCAGCCCCUGCCGCUCUGCACCCUGCGCACGAAGGAAAGCGCAUUGUUGAUGGGGAUCUGCACCUCCCCUUUUCCGCCUAGCUCCCUCUCGGUGCAGUACAAAGCCAAUGACUCGCAGUUCCACCUCCCGUUGGUCUGUCCGGACACGCAAAACCUCCACCAGCAACUCAAAAUACUCGGUGUGGAGGACUGUCUGAAGGUUUUGAAUUUUGGCAGUGGCCAUAAACUGCAGGUGCAGUGGAACAACCUGUCGGUGGACCGGCUGCGGACGACGCUGUCCUUGACCAACCUCCUGGAGGACGUGACCUGUUCCAUUUCCAGCUCUGCGAGUGCUGACCUUCCGGGAACAAUUUUCGUAGAACGACGCAGCAAAAAUUCAGCCCUAGUCUGCUACAGGGGUGUGUCUGAACUGGAAAUGCUGAAGCGGCUGUUGAGUCGAUUGCCUGUUUCAAUCGGGAAAAUCGACGAUAAGGGCUCCGAGAAGAGGACAAUUGCCAACGACGUGGCGCUGAUUAAAAGCAAAAAGCAGAUGUGCAGGAAAAGCAUUCCGCUGGAGACGUAUAUGAAAAUCCUGCAAGAUUUAGUCCACAAAAUGUCUGCCUUUCAGAAGUGAGAGUGUCCUUAUACUGUUAAGUAAAUCAAGACUGAUUUUUUAUUGAAUUUAAAAAAUUAAAAAUGCCGAUUUUUUUAGUUGUAUUUAAAAUAAAUUGCUUGUAAAGCGAAAAGGUUAUGUUUAAAAAUUGAAAA